AUGAGAGAAAUCUUGGGAAUUUCUCUAAUUUCGCUAUGCUUUUCCCGGCUGACCGCCUACGAUAUCGAAUGCAAAUGGAAAAGUAAUGUGUCAGACAUUGAGGAUGUCGCACACCACAAAUAUCAAGUACUGGAGGAAUGCUUAUUUUAUAAAUUGACAAAUGAGGCCGAUCGGAUGCAGGGAAAAACGAAUGCGCUCAUGCUUCUGCCGCCGACAGUUGCUGGCGGUGAAACACUCGAAGUUCAAAUUCUCGAUGGAUCAAUUCGAGAGCUUUGGAUGAACGAAAUCUUCAAAGAGAUGAAUAUCAACGGCUAUUUGAAAGUGUCCUGGAAAGAUCGCCGCCUUCGCUGGAAUCCAGAAGAAUGGAAAACCGAGAAUCUGAAAAUCAAAUCACUCGGCCGACUUUGGGUGCCGGAUAUCAAUUCAGACAAGCAUUCAACAGUGUCACAAUCCGUCGAUUAUGUCACUUAUAAUGAUCUCCAAACGAAUUAUAAUGGAAAUAUUACCGCGAAAUUGGAGUUUCGAAUGCACGCACAAUGUGAAAUCGACUAUACCGAAUAUCCAAAUGAUCGAAAACAUUGCUGUUUCAAUCUUCAAUCGUCUCUGUAUAAAAGAUAUAUUAAGUAUUUCUUAGAGCACGAGGACGGAAGUGAUAUGCUUAAAACCGAUGCUCUUCGCACCAACUGGCACAUUGACAGAAGUCAGUCAUGGAUUCUAAAAGGCACACAAGAUGGUGAUAAUCGCGCUGAAAAACUUGAAGUGUGCAUCGGAGUUUACCGUAAAUCAACAACAUUGGCUCUUGAAUUGUCGCUUCCUGUCCUCAUUUCGGCUCUUAUUCUGCUAUUGGCUCCAUUCUUCGGAAAGUUCAAUCAACAGAUCUACGUGAAAAUGUUCGCGCUUCUCCUCCAAUUCAUGAGCUUCGAAUUUUUAUCCGAUAAGACGCCGCAAGUCGGCUUCGGUGACACGAUUCCGAAAAUUUAUGUUUUCUACGCAUUCACCAUCGGAAUGACGGUUCUCAGCCUCAUCGCGACUGUCAUGAUCGCAGCGAUGAGUCGAGUCAAGAGAAAGGUUCCGCCAGCGCAUCGUUACACACUUCUUUCGUCGGUUCUCAAUGCGAAUUUGUGCUGUGGCUCCGAGGAAGAGCCGGUUACUGAUGGAACAUCGUCAAAGAUGUCCCAGGACGCAACAUCGGAUUGGCUUCAAAUUCACACCGCCCUCAACAACAUCGCUUCAAUCCUUCUAAUCAUCAUCUACAUCAUCGGCGCAGUCGCCAUCGCCUUCUAA